AUGAAAAAUAUUUUAAGAGUAAAAUUCACUCUAGGCUUGUUUGAAGAUCCAUGGGCUGAUCAGAGCUUUACAGACCACCUUGGAAGCCAGGCUCAUAGAGAUUUGGCAAGGGAAGCUGUGAGGAAGUCACUUGUUCUAUUGAAGAAUGUUCUAUUGAAGAAUGGAGAGAACGCAGAUGCCCCAUUGCUUCCUCUACCUAAAAAUGCAGGCAGGAUCCUUGUUGCUGGUACCCAUGCCAGCAAUCUGGGCUAUCGGUGUGGUGGUUGGACUAUCACUUGGCAAGGCGUUAAUGGCAACAACUAUACAGCCGGAACCACUAUUCUAAGUGAAAUCUCAGCUGCUGUUGAUCCAAGCACAGAAAUAACCUACAGUGAAAAUCCUGAAGCUGCUUUUGUCAAGGCCAACAACUUCUCCUACGCCAUUGUUGUUAUUGGAGAGCUUCCUUAUGCAGAAACAAACGGAGACAAUCUCAACCUGACAAUAACAGAACCAGGUCCUUCUGUGAUCAACAAUGUCUGUGGCACCACUAAAUGCGUUGUCGUUGUAAUCUCCAGCCUCCCUUUGGUGAUUGAGCCAUACAUGGCCCAAAGAGAUGCUCUUGUUGCCGCUUGGCUUCCAGGAACUGAAGGACAUGGAGUUGCUGAUGUGCUUGAUGUGCUUUUCGGAGACUAUGGAUUUAGUGGGAAGCUGUCUCGAACUUGGUUCAAGUCCGUAGAUCAGCUGCCCAUGAAUUCUGGUGAUGCACAUUAUGAUCCUCUUUUUCCCUAUGGUUUUGGUCUCACUACGCAAGGUGCAAAAUCAAGCUAGAAAGGAAGAAUUUUCAUUAAUUAGUAGAUUAGUGGGAUGAUUAACAUCCGA